AUCCUGGUCGUGUUGACAUGAAUCAAAUCGAGAAGACUGUCCAGUAUCUGAUUGGGUCCGGAAUGGAUAUUAAGACGGAAAACAACCCAUGUCUAGGAAUGGUUUACACAUCAUUUCAAGAAAGGGCGACAUUUAUUUCUCAUGGUAACACAGCCAGGCUUGCCAAACAUUAUGGUGACAUUAACUUAGCACAGAUAUGUGGUACAAUAGCCUCUGAUGAGAAGCGUCAUGAAACUGCUUACACCAAGAUAAUGAAGAAGUUGUUCGAGGUUGAUCCGGAUGCUGCUGUCAUAGCAUUUGCUGACAUGAUGAAGAAGAAAAUUACUAUGCCAGCUCACUUCAUGUAUGAUGGUCAUCAUGAUGAUCUGUUCAUGCACUUCUCAACUACUGCUCAGUGGCUUGGUGUGUACACCGCCAUGGAUUAUGCUAAUAUAUUGGAUUUUUUGGUGGACAAAUGGAGUGUGGAGAAGCUAAGUGCACUCUCUCCUGAGGGACGAAAGGCUCAAGAUUAUGUUUGCGGGCUAGGUCCCAAAAUUCGAAGGUUGGAGGAGAGAGCUCGACUGAAAUCCAAGGAGAUUUGCUAUACCAUUUAGUUGGAUUUUCAAUAAGUAAAAUAAAGGACUUAUUAUGCAGUGGCUCUGCUCUAAGCCAUUACUAGUCGCAACACAAACUACUAGUAAUGUAUGUAUGCAGUGGGAGAAUCAAUGUAUGAAAGAAGGGGCACAACAUAAGUGAUAAUUUCUCAAACUCUAUGGUUGUUGAAGUAAUUGUACUAUAACACUAUUGCAAUAUGUUCUUUUUCAAAAUGUGAGUGAACAUGGGAAAAUUAUUCAAUA